CCCUGUUAUUUGUGUUUUUGCUCAUACUUAGGCCUAUUUCGAAUCUGUCCUGCAUCAACUUGGUAUCAGAGCGAGAGUAGCAUCAUGUCUACACGAUCCGGAAAGCCAUUUAGGGGAAGAUUAACUGAUUACCAGCGUGACGAGAUUCUGCUAAAGCUUGUGGAGCAGAUAGAUAAUUUUAGUCUACGCAUCAAUACUUUGGAAGGCCAAACAACUCAACCUAACGAUGGUGAACAAGGAGAAAACUCUGGGAAUAACAAUACUAAUGAAAAUGGCGAAAAUCAAGGCGAGCGCACGGAAGAGCAGCGUGUAGAUCCGCUACAAAGGCAGCAAUUAAGGGCUGGCCAAAAUCAGGGAAGGCAGCAAAAUUCCAUGUCUGAUUGGGCCCAUGAUUUAUUGCAAAGGAACCAAUAUGAGACCUAUGAUUCAGCCGGAGAUAUCACUAAGAAGAUUAAAAUGGAGGUUCCAGAUUUUGAAGGUAAGGUCAAUCCUACUUUGUUUCAUGAUUGGCUUGCUUCUAUUGAAGAGUACUUUGACUGGUACGAUAUGGCUGACGAUCGGCGAGUGAGAUUUGCUAAAAUGAAGCUUGUUGGAUUAGCAAAAAUCUGGUGGAUGGGUGUGGAAGGUGAUAUUCGAAGGUUGGGGCAGCCACCAAUUAGUACUUGGCAGGAGAUGAAAGCCAAGUUAAAGGAGAAAUACAUGCCAUCAAAUUACCAUGAGAAGUUGUGUGAACAACUGAUUGAAUUAAAGCAAAACCGCAUGACAGUGGCUGAAUAUAUGCAGAAAUUUGAUGAGCUAAAGAUGAGGAGUCAAAUUAUGGAAGAUUCAAGUCAAGCUCUUGCUCGGUUUAAGGCUGGUUUGAGGCCCGACAUAAGAAGGGAGUUGCUUCGCCAACCCUUGUACAGUCUCGAACAUGCCUUCCAAGUUGCUUUGGAUAUGGAGGAGUAUUUGAACUACCCAAUUUCUAAAAAGUUUGUGUCUCAAGUUGGGGAAACCAUAACUAAGGGGUACAAUGAUGCAAAUCGUUUCCGGUCCAAUGUUUCAAAGCAAACUUCUGUCAAUACGGCUGACCCAAAAGGGAAGAAUUAUGCAGCUAACAAAGGAAACAGGAAGGAAACCAAGUGCUUUAAGUGUGGUGAAUCUGGUCACAUGGCAUUUCAAUGUCCAAAGAGGAGUUUACAUAUGGCAGUGGAGCAAGAAGCUGAAUUCGAUCAACAAAACAAUGAUGAUAAUGAUGAUUCCUUUGAUGUUGGGGUACUAAAUACAGAUGACUUAGAAGAUGAAGAGGUGGACAAUUCUCUGAUUUCUGUUGUCAGGCGUAUCCUUGCAGCGCCAAAAACUGAAAAGGAAGACUGGAGGCGUACUUCUAUUUUUCAAAUGCUGGUUCGCUGCGGAAACCAAGCUAGGAAGCUUAUCAUCGAUGGUGGUAGUUCCAUGAAUGUUGUAUCUGCAACCACGGUGGAGCGUCUUAAGCUUCCUGUUCAACCACAUCCUCAUCCAUAUAAGGUAGCUUGGAUCGAUAACACGUCCAUUCCGGUAACUCAGCGCUGCCUAGUCUCUUUUUCGUAUGGUUUUUAUAAUGAUUCUAUCUGGUGUGAUGUAAUUCCCAUGAAUGUCACACAUAUCCUUCUUGGAAGACCAUGGCUUUAUGAUAGAGAUGUGCAGCAUUCUGGAAAAGAGAACACAUAUGCUUUCUCAUUCAAGAACAAGGAGAUUGUUUUGAAGCCAAUGACUACAGCUGAAAUGGAAAAAUUCAAGGAAAAGAAGCCAAAGGAUGUCACUGAAAAUAAGCCAAAAUCUCUCAAUAUUCUCACCAAGAAGUGUUUUCAAGCUGAGAGUAUGGAACUGGGAGUUAUAUAUGCCGUGGUGGUGAAAGAAGUGUCAGAUUUAGCUGCUGAAUCUGUCUCUGAAUUGCCGACAGAAGUAGCCAAGUUGCUGUCCCAUUUUUCUGAUGUUGCCCCCAAAGAACUCCCAGAUGAAUUACCUCCCAUGCGCAAUGUCCAGCACGCAAUAGAUCUCAUUCCUGGAUCACAAUUGCCUAAUCUUCCAGCCUAUCGCAUGAAUCCACGGGAGCACGCAGAGCUUAAAAGGCAGGUAGAUGAGCUACUAUCUAAGGGGUUCAUUCGUGAAAGUUUAAGUCCCUGUGCUGUUCCAGCUUUGCUUACACCCAAGAAGGAUGGUAGUUGGCGCAUGUGCAUAGAUAGUCGUGCUAUAAACAAGAUUACAAUCAAAUAUCGAUUCCCUAUCCCGAGGCUUGAUGAUAUGUUGGACAUGUUGGCUGGGUCUUGUCUAUUCUCAAAGAUUGAUCUGAAAAGUGGCUACCAUCAGUUACGUAUAAGGCCAGGAGAUGAAUGGAAGACAGCUUUCAAGACCAAGGAUGGCCUCUACGAGUGGCUAGUCAUGCCAUUUGGUCUAACAAAUGCCCCAAGUACAUUCAUGCGCUUUAUGACACAGGUAUUACAGCCUUUCAUUGGUCACUUCCUGGUUGUUUAUUUUGACGAUAUUCUAAUCUAUAGCAAGACCAAGGAGGAACAUAUCUUUCAUCUUCAACAAGUUUUGAGGGUCCUCCGCCAAGAGAAGCUCUACAUUAACGUAAAGAAGUGUUCUUUCAUGAGUCCAAUGGUUGUAUUUUGGGGUUUCAUUGUGUCGUCUAAAGGAGUGGAAGCCGAUCCAAGUAAAGUGAAAGCUAUCCUAGAGUGGCCAAUUCCAACCUCCUUGCAUGAAGUUCGCAGCUUUCAUGGGCUGGCAACUUUUUAUCGUCAGUUUAUCAAAAAUUUCAGCACGGUAAUGGCACCUAUCACUAACUGUAUGAAACUGGGAAAAAAAUUCAAAUAUUCUUAG